UUUGCACAUUUAUUGGUAAUGUUUUCACCCUAACUCGAACGCUACUUGUAGAGCGCGUCACCAUGGCGCGACUAGUGCUAGGUUUGGUGGCUUUCCUAGGCCUACUGGCCCAACAUGCAUAUGGCUUUUACCUUCCAGGAGUGGCACCACAGGACUUUAAGAAGAAAGACGUGUUGUUCCUCAAGGUCAACAAGCUUUCAUCCAUAAAGAACCAGCUGCCAUAUGAGUACUACUCGCUGCCCUACUGCCGGCCGGAGAAGAUCGUCCAGUCCGCGGAGAACCUUGGCGAGGUGUUGCGUGGUGACCGCAUCGAAAACUCACUCUACCAGAUUCAAAUGCGCGUAGACGAGCAAUGCAAGGUGCUAUGUCGCAUCGAGUCGCUCAGCAGCGCACAGGCCAAGGCCUUCCGUUCGAAGGUUGAGGACGAUUACAGGGUUAACAUGAUCCUGGACAACUUGCCAGUGGCGAUGGUCAAGAUGCGGAAGGACGAGAGCUCUGGCUCUCUUGUAAAGACUUAUGAGCGUGGAUUCCCUGUUGGCUUCAAGGCCUCACUGGAGGGCCAGACUGAGGUGAAGUUCUUCCUUCAUAACCAUUUGCGCUUCACGAUACUUUACCACAAGGACGCUCAGACGGACCUGGCCCGUAUUGUUGGCUUUGAGGUCGAGCCGUUCAGCGUGAAACACGACUAUGAGGCACCAUGGGAUAAGGCCAGCCCUAUCCUGAACACCUGCAACCCCGGACGCAUGGCUUCCGUCACGCAUAACCUGCCACCCCAGCCAAUCCAGGAAGGGGUGGAGGUUAUCUUCUCCUACGACGUCAAGUUUGUGGCCAGUGAUAUCCGCUGGGCGUCUCGUUGGGAUACCUACCUGCUGAUGAUGGACGACCAGAUCCACUGGUUCUCCAUCAUUAACUCGGUCAUGAUUGUCCUCUUCCUGUCCGGCAUGGUGGCCGUGAUCAUGACACGGGUUCUGGCUCGUGACAUCCGGAACUACAAUCAGCUGGAGGCUGGCGAGGAUGCCCAGGAGGAGACUGGCUGGAAGCUGGUGCACGGCGAUGUGUUCCGCCCUCCAGCAAACUCGUCCCUGCUGGCCAGCUACGUUGGCACUGGCGUGCAGCUGUUCGGCAUGAGCCUUGUCACCAUGAUCUUCGCGCUGCUUGGCUUCCUGUCGCCGGCGAACCGCGGUGGCCUGAUGACAGCCAUGUUGAUGAUGUUCGUCUUCAUGGGGCUCUUUGGCGGCUACUUCUCUUCGCGCUUAUACAAGAGCUUCCGCGGGGAGGAGUGGAAGAAGACCACCCUGCGCACUGCCCUCAUGUUUCCCGGCGUGUGCUUCGUCGUCUUCUUCCUGCUGAACCUGCUUAUCUGGGGCCAGCGGUCGUCGGGUGCCGUGCCCUUCGGAACCCUGUUCGCUCUGUGCUUCCUAUGGUUCGGCAUCUCGGUUCCCCUGGUUUUCGUCGGCUCGUACUUUGGCUACAAGAAGCCGGCGCCUGAGGACCCCGUGCGCACCAACAAGAUCCCCCGCCAGAUCCCAGAGCAGCCCUGGUACAUGAACCCCCUGUUCGCGUGCCUCGUGGGCGGUGUGCUGCCGUUCGGAGCCGUAUUCAUCGAGCUGUUCUUCAUCCUCACCUCCAUGUGGCUCCACCAGUUCUACUACAUGUUCGGCUUCCUGGCGCUGGUGUUUGUCAUUCUCAUCAUCACGUGCACGGAGAUCACCAUCGUGCUGUGCUACUUCCAGCUGUGCUCGGAGGACUACCACUGGUGGUGGCGGGCGUUCUUCACCUCGGGCUCGUCUGCUCUGUACCUGUUCGCGUACUCUGCCUUCUACUUCUACUCGAAGCUGGACAUCACGAAGACGGUGCCCAUGCUGAUGUACUUCGGGUACAUGCUGAUCGUGUCGUACGGCUUCUUCUGCCUCACAGGCACGAUUGGGUUCUACUCGUGCUACAUCUUUGUGCGCAAGAUUUACGGCGCAGUUAAGAUCGAUUAGAAACCCACAAUUAGGAGCCAUAUGCGCGUCUUGUUGCGCACAUGCAUAGUUUGCGACUGUUAGUACAUGAUACCUGAUAGGUGGCGGAAUAUGGUGGAUUAGUAGGGUGUCGGCAGCUUUAGUAGCUACUGGUGGCGAUACAAACUGAGAGCUUGGAUGGACUGCAUUAUGUGCACAGCCUAAUGACCCCCCUAUUAUUUAGUGCAACGGCACGGUGUAAUUGCUCGUGUACAUGUCCGGGUUAUUGCCGGUCCCAAUUGCGAGGUGGUUCGGGUUCUUUGCCUGGGUUGGGUUACCAUGACACUACUACUUGUGUUCGUGUGACCUGGACGUUACGACCUGUCGGCAUGGCAUCAAGC